AUGCGGAACGGCGCCAUAUUCGGAUUAUAUGCGCUGCUGCUAAUCGUUGCCUGCCAAUUGGACGCAACAGUUGGCCAAAGCCCGAAGCAGCAGCAGGAUGCGGCACAGCCGGAGGCACAGCCAGCGGCCGGCGGACAACGCGUAGAGAGACAAAUUGGCUAUGGAGGCUAUCCGUCAUACUAUGGCGGCUAUGGAUUGGGUGGCUAUGGUGGAGGUAUUGGAGGCAUUGGCGGUAUUGGCGGCAUUGGAGGCAUUGGAGGCAUUGGCGGCAUUGGAGGCAUAGGAUAUGGCGGUUAUGGUGGAUUGGGAUAUGGUGGACUGGGAUAUGGCGGUUAUGGCGGAUAUGGAGGAUUAGGCUACGGUGGCUAUGGUGGAUACGGUGGCUAUGGUGGAUAUGGUGGAUAUGGCAUGCGUUAUCCCUAUAAUUCCUAUGGCAGUAUAUACAGCGGCGGUUAUUAUGGUCGUCCUUAUGGUUAUGGCUAUGGCAUUUGA